UCCAACUUAAAUGGCUUUUUCUUCUUCAUUUCGUUUGAAUAUUCUUCUUCUUUAUUUGCUUGCCUUUAGCAUAUGUUGUGCUACUCAGACCCAAGGCGCUAGACUGCAUCAUCGUCAUGAUCCUCUGAGACAGCAAAAGGCAGACCAGGUGAUUGAACUCCCCGGUCAGCCUCCAGUGAGCUUCAAGCAUUACACGGGAUAUGUUACCGUCAACCACACUCACGGAAGAGCACUCUUCUAUUGGUUCUUUGAAGCCACCAACAACCCUCAAGAUAAACCCCUCCUCCUUUGGCUUAACGGAGGGCCAGGAUGUUCAUCAAUUGGAUACGGUGCCACAGAGGAGUUAGGCCCUUUCUUCCCUCAAAAUAGCACCGACCCCAAGCUCAAGUUCAACCCUUACACCUGGAACAAUGCUGCCAAUCUGUUGUUUUUGGAGUCUCCCGUUGGAGUCGGAUUUUCUUACACCAAUACUAGUCAAGAUAUCGAGGAACUUGACGAUAAAAUUACAGCUGAGGAUUCAUACAAUUUUCUUAUCAACUGGUUUAAACGGUUUCCACAGUACAAGUCCCAUGACUUCUACAUUUCUGGAGAGAGCUAUGCAGGGCAUUAUGCUCCACAGCUUUCUGAGCUCGUUUUUGACAGAUCCAAGGAGAAUCAUAUCAACCUCAAGGGAUUCAUGAUUGGUAACGCAGCAAUAGAUGAUGAAUCAGAUCAGAAGGGAUUGAUUGAUUACGCUUGGGAUCACGCGGUGAUCUCUGAUCGCUUGUACCAUGAUAUUCAGAAGGAAUGCGACUUCGGCCAAAACAUAUCAGAACAGUGUAACACGCUGCUGGAAGAGUACUAUAAUGUGUACAAUAUCACAGACAUGUACAGCUUGUACACCCCUAUGUGCCUUAGUAACACCAGCAGCAGCGGGCAAUCCCAUACGAUCCAAGGCGCUUCCACUCUGUUUUCCAGAACUGUAAGUAGUUCCCCACUAAUUAUAACGACUCAUCAUGAUGUACGGCACAAGAGACCUGCAGGAUAUGACCCUUGUACAUCAGAUUACAGUUAUGUGUAUUUGAACAGGCCUGACGUUCAAAAGGCACUUCAUGCCAAUGUCACCAAAAUCUCCUAUCCAUGGUCUCACUGCAACGAUAACAUCUUCUGGAAUGCACCAUCAUCAAUGCUUCCUGUAAUUGGAAAGCUUGUAGCUGGGGGUCUUCGGGUUUGGAUUUACAGCGGGGAUACUGAUGGGAGAGUUCCAGUAACAUCAACUAGGUACGCGUUGAGAAAGCUCAGGUUGAAGAUAAAUGAAGAUUGGACUCCUUGGUACAACAAGAAGCAGGUUGGCGGGUGGAGAGUUGUGUACGACGGGCUUAUGUUUGUGACAAUUAGAGCGGCAGGCCAUGAAGUUCCGGUGUUUGCACCAAGGCAGUCGCUCCUCCUAGUUGAACACUUCUUGGCUAAUCGGAAACUCCUUUCCAAACCUUUCUAGCAUUCCCCGUCUUCUUCUUCUUCUCGAUGUCAAUAAGUAAAUCAAUUUUACGAUUCUUUGGAAUUUGUAAAGCUUCGUUAGUCUCUGGCAUCAAUUGUACCAGUCAGAUUUCCAAGUCUUAAUUGGUGGAAUCUUUGCAACUUCGAAGCAGUUGCGCAAAAAGAUUAAAAAAAAAAAACAGAGAAAUUGUUUUUGGUGAACUUACACGGGUUUUGA